AUGGCAUCCGAACUCACCUUCCACGACUUGACCUCCAAACACUGGCCUGCCUCUUGGUCACCAUUUACAAUCCGCACAACACUCUGCCUCAACUAUCUCGGUCUCUCCUACAAACACAAUGAAAUCUCCUACCCGGAUAUCGCUUCCUUCCUUCCCACCCUAGGCGUCCAAGCGUCUGGAAAAUCCACAGAUUUCACUCUCCCCGCUGUAACGUUCCCGGACAAGACGAUCAUGGAAUCCACCGCCAUUGCCGAAAAGCUCGCCUCUACAUCUGCAGAGUUUGGGAAAAAGUUGUUCCCACAGGGUGAAAAGAGUAUAGCGGCGGCCAAAAAAUUCGACACCAAAGAAGUCUGGGGUAGGAUUUUCACGGCGAUGGCGAAGGAGCAUAUUCUUCCUUUCGUGCCUGCAUUUCUAGACGACAGAGGGAGAGAAUAUUUCUACCGCACCAGGGAGGAAAUAUUCGGUGGCGGUUUGGAUGAGAUGAGGGAGGGUGCUUUGGAGGCGGAAAAGGAGCAUGGUCUGCAAGCGAAGAUUGAAACUGCUCUUGUGCCGCUGGUGGAGUUUUAUGGGGAGUUGGAUAUGCAGGGGAGUGGUGAGGGUGGUGUGUUUGCUUUUGGAGGUGGGCGGCCGCAGUAUUUGGAUUUUCAGGUUGUUGCUUUGGUGCAGUGGUGGGUUUAUGCUAGGGGUGGGAAGGAUGUCAAGGCGGCUUUGGAAAGUGUCGGUGGUGGAAGGUUGGCUAAAGUCAUGGAGGGAUGUAAGGACUUGUUGAAGCCUAAAGAGGUGGCUGCUUCUGUCCAUCUGUAA